AUGUUACAGAACAAUAAGCGAAAACUUAAAGCACCUGAAAUUUUACAGCAAUUUCCUAUUGAAAGAGAAGGUUCACCAAGCUCUUUGACAUUACCUGAAUAUAUUUCUAAUUCAAACUUAUUAAAUGAUACAAACUCUGGAGGACGAACCUUAUCACCUGUUUGGAAGUACUUUAACCGAAAGAAAACUCAGUCGCCUGGACAUUUUUCAGCAGAAUGCUCUUAUUGUCCCGCUAAAUGGUCAAGAGGUGAACCACAGAAACUUGAGGCACACCUUGCAUUAGAAUGUCCUAAUGUUAAUGAUGAGAUUCGGCAAAUAUAUUUGCUUCGUGUAGCUUAUCGUAACAAUUUGGAAGAACAAUCAGAAAACUUAACUAAUUCAAAAAAAAAGAAGUCAAACAAUAGUCAGCCUUGCCUUACAAAGUAUUUUCCACAAAAAGAAGGAGAAAAUUUAUCUGAAGAGCGAAUAAACUCUAUAAAUAGUUCGUUAUUAAAAGCAUUCGUAACUUGCGGUAUUUCGUUCUCCAUAAUUGAAAAUCCAUUUUUCAUCGACCUCCUCCAAAAUUUGUGUUCAAAUUACCAACCACCUUCAAGAGAAGUUCUAUCAGGUCGAUUGUUGGAUCAGGAGUACUCUAGGGUUACAGUUAAACGCGAGGCUAUUUUUAAUGAAUCUGAGAAUCUAACUCUUG